GGGGAGAGAAAGAAGAGAGGGAGACAGAGUGCGAGGGAAGGAGGGAUUUUACUGUUUCUGAGGUCAAUAUUUCCUCUUUUUUUUUCUGGAGGAGGUGGUUUAUUUGCACUUUAUUUCCAGAGUUUGAGCCGGAUUUGACCGCCCCCCACUCCCCCCCACCUGCCCAGAAAGCCCACUCACCUGAACAUAAGCAGCACAUGGGGGUUGUUUGUACUGAGCCAUUUGCACAAUUCUGAGCCCCGGUGAGACUUAACAUAGUUUGCACAUCUGUGUCAAACGUUUUAGAUUAGGAGAGGGAGGUGGGGGGACACGUCUGUCUACCUGUGGUGUUUAGAAAGUUUUUUGCUGUUGCAAAAAAAAAACCUCCCUUUUUUUUUGGUGAUCGGUAAAAUUUUUAAGCGGUCGGCGCUAUAAUGUCCAGGGAGAGCAGUUGCAUUAGUAGUAGUGGUGAGGCUACUCAGUCCCAGUCUCAGUCCCAAACCCAGUCCCAGUCUCAGUCCCAAACCCAGUCCCAGUCUCAAUCCCAAUCUCAGUCUCAGCCCAACUCCAGUGGGCCAACCUCCAGCAGUGCCUCCUCAGCAAGUACCAUCCCCACACAGGACACCGUCUACGAAGAGCCAGAGCCAGAAGAACCUCAGCCUUGGGGACGCCUUUGGGCACUGCGGAAGGGAUUUUCGAAACUUGACUGUGUGAAAGAUGAGUAUUGGUUUGGUCGUGACAGGAUGUGUGACUACAGUUUUGAUCGGGCUGCGUUAAAGAGAACCGAGGAUUUUAAAUCCUACAGCAAAAAGCAUUGCAGAAUAAUCCGAGAAAAAGGCCCCGGAAAUAAGUUUUUAGUGUUUAUUGAAGAUCACAGUUUUAAUGGCACCUUCCUGAACGGCCGAUUAAUUGGGAAAAAUAAGCGUCUGCCACUGAACAAUAACGAUGAAAUCGCGAUUAAUCUUCCCACGCACAAAGUUUUUGUCUUUUCUGACCUUACGACGGAUGAUCAGUCAGAUCUUCCUAAAGAAUUCAGGGAUAAAUACAUCCUCUCAAGGACGCUUGGCUCGGGUGUUUGUGGAGAAGUGAGACUAGCGUUUGGAAAGGAAAACUGCAAGAAAGUGGCUGUGAAGAUUGUACGUAAACUGAAAUUUGCAGCACUUGUUGCUGAAAGAGGAGAUAAAGUUUCAAACGAUGCGACGGAAAUUAAGAUCCUAAAAAUGUUGGACCAUCCUUGCAUAAUCAAGAUCGAGGAGGUGUUUAACUUCGAAGAUUGCUUCUAUCUUAUCUUGGAAUUAAUGGAAGGCGGGGAGCUUUUUGAUCGGGUUGUGUCCUGCGCCAAACUGAAGGAGCAGACUGCCAAACUGUUCUUCUACCAAAUGCUGCUUGCUGUGCAAUAUCUUCACAAUAAUAACAUCACACACAGAGACCUCAAACCAGAGAACGUGUUAAUUGCAACUGGCGAGGAGAGCUCCCUUAUAAAGAUUACAGAUUUUGGUUUGGCGAAGAUCGUUGGGGAGACUUCACUGAUGAAGACACUGUGUGGGACGCCCACUUACCUCGCACCAGAAGUGCUCCUGACUGCUGGGAUGGGCAGUUACAGCAAAGCUGUGGAUUGCUGGAGUCUGGGGGUUAUACUGUUUAUAUGCUUGGGUGGGUAUCCACCCUUUAGCGAUCAGAUUGAGAGCAUGUCACUGAGUGACCAAAUUAUAAAAGGCCAUUACACCUUCAUCCCAAGCUGCUGGGGACAUGUCUCGGAGAUGGCAAAGGACCUGGUGAAGAAGCUUCUCAAUGUGGACCCAGAAAAGAGGCUUUCACCAAACGAAGCUCUUAAUCACCCGUGGAUUCAGGAUGAAGAAGUGAAGAGGAAAGCAAGGCAGCUGAUGUAUCCUGAGCGCGAGCUGAUGUUGCCGCCAAGUGUAACGGAACAGCCGUCAACCAGCAUGAAAAGGCCCCGUGAAGAUGACGCCCCCCCCCUCACUAAACGCCUGAAACGCACGUCUCGCACCAAAACCACAGAGGGGCUAAAGGACGUGAUGUAGUUGUGUGUGUGUGUGCACGGAGGGAAACACUGUGUAUCUUUUACCGUGGGCGGGUAGGGUCCAUUUUUACCUGCAGGAUCGUCCAUUUUUUUUUUUGCUGCCUUGUUCCACGCACGCGAGUGCUCGUUCCUAAACGUUCCCGACCAGACCCGUUCCGGGAGUCCGCCAGAGGCGGAGUCGUGCAUUUUUUGUACUUAAUUUAAUUUUCUACUUUUUUUUAAAACGCGCUCGUACGUCCGGAAUGCGAUGCUGUGCACCAUUUCCGAUGGGAGAAAUUUUGCUGUAGAUCGAGAGACGCUUAAAAAGGAGCUUUAAGUGUUGAACUUGCAAACACUGGAAUCUGCUAAGAUGCUGUGCAGUGAAAUGCUAUUGACCCGAUCAAUGAUUACAGAUGCUUUUUUGAGACUUGUUUUUCAAAAUCUUGUGUGUGUGUGUGUGUGUGUGAUUGGGGUGGGGGGGAUUCCGUGCCCACCCCCACCCCCCUCUUUAAUUGCUGCCUCACUGUGAGGUUUGUGUCACUUUCGUUGCAAUACGGUAAACCCCUGAUAACUCAUCACUCCCAAGCGUGAGAGGGGGCUCAGUGACUUGUGCUAUCUGCAUUGGUGAUAAAUGCGGAAUUAAAUCAAGUGUUGUCCAACUGACGGCCCGCGGGCCGCAUCCGGCCCACGGACCAUUUCCAACUUCCGACCCGUAAAUACGGGAGACGCGCAGGCCCUGAGCCAAUCAGGAGAUGGUAACUCAGGCUGUGCCCGGCAGCGGAAUUGGACAACCAGGAUAAUAUAUUGCUCAUGCGGCCCACAGGCAUUUCUCAACAUCCAGCCCUCGACAGCCAAAAGGUUAGACCGCCCCGGCCUAAGUGGUAGUGACUAUUUAAGCCAGCCAGAGUCGAGUUAUUAGGGUUUACAGUAAGAGGUCUUAUUCAAUCCCCUGACUCAAGUUACAACAGCAUAUGGGGAUACCCAUAAGAUCAGCUUUAAAGGGUGAUUAUAUCUAUAUAUAUUUACAUAAUAUAUAUAUAUAUAUAUACACAUAUAU